AGCCAAACCUUCUGGGAGCCAAACUAAACUCGGAGUCGGAGCAAAAGUAGAAUACAAGUUGUUGUGAACAGUGAACCCGACCCAAGAGUAGUGAGCAAUCCAAUCCACCUGAAGGCUUUCGGCCCCGGAAACGAAAACGGAAAACCGUACCGCAGUUUAUACUUGGAAGGAUUUGGUUGCAAAAGCGUUGUUGCAGAGACAAGCUAGGGUUUUCCGCGAGAGUCCAAAGCAUGACUCGCUUGAGCUCCGAGCAGGUCUUGAAGGACAACAGCACCAGUGACCCCAACUCCGUUUCAUCUCUCAAGCUCACUUACAAGGCUCUCUCCGAUGUGUCAUGCUUGAGUGGCUUCAAGAACUUGGAGAGGCUCGACCUCACCUUCAACAAUCUCACUUCUCUCGAGGGGUUGAAAGAAUGCGUCAAUUUGAAGUGGUUGGCAGUUGUACAAAACAAACUGGAAAGCUUAAGAGGAAUUGAAGGACUUUCUAAACUCACCGUGUUAAAUGCAGGCAAAAAUAAGCUGAGAUCAAUGGAUGAGGUCAGAUCUCUUCUGAGUUUACGUGCAUUGAUAUUGAAUGGUGAGCUUUCUAGUGCCAAUGGAAGAGCGUUACCUUUGGCUGCUGGCUUUGUGGGCCAGGCAGAUGCAAGGGAAGCAGCUGGUCUUGUAGUUGAUAUGAUACGACAGAAGAAGAUGGCUGGCCGGGCACUUCUACUGGCUGGACCUCCCGGUACAGGAAAGACAGCCCUCGCACUUGGGAUAUCCCAGGAACUCGGGAGCAAGGUUCCAUUCUGCCCAAUGGUUGGUUCAGAAGUAUACUCAUCAGAAGUAAAGAAAACGGAGGUUUUGAUGGAAAAUUUUCGACGGGCCAUAGGUCUACGUAUCAAGGAAAAUAAAGAAGUCUAUGAAGGAGAGGUGACUGAACUCUCCCCAGAAGAAACUGAGAGCGUGACAGGUGGCUAUGGUAAAAGCAUUAGCCAUGUGAUCAUUGGAUUAAAAACUGUGAAAGGAACCAAACAACUGAAGUUGGAUCCGACUAUUUAUGAUGCCUUGAUAAAGGAAAAGGUAGCUGUUGGUGACGUCAUAUAUAUUGAAGCAAAUAGUGGAGCAGUAAAGAGGGUGGGCAGAAGUGAUGCUUUUGCAACAGAAUUUGACCUUGAAGCAGAAGAGUAUGUUCCACUUCCUAAAGGAGAGGUUCACAAAAAGAAGGAGAUAGUUCAGGAUGUAACACUACAUGAUCUAGAUGCUGCAAAUGCUCGGCCUCAAGGCGGGCAAGAUAUACUAUCUCUAAUGGGUCAGAUGAUGAAACCUAGGAAAACAGAAAUAACUGACAAGUUACGACAGGAAAUCAACAAGGUUGUUAACCGGUAUAUUGAUGAAGGUGUAGCGGAGCUUGUCCCUGGAGUUCUGUUUCUUGAUGAGGUAAAUAUGCUGGAUAUGGAAUGCUUUUCAUACAUGAAUCGUGCUUUAGAGAGCUCCCUAUCUCCAAUAGUAAUCUUUGCUACAAAUAGAGGGAUAUGCAACGUAAGAGGCACUGAUAUGGCAAGUCCUCAUGGCAUACCUGUCGACUUGUUGGACCGGUUGGUGAUUAUCCGAACGCAGACUUAUGAUGUUGCUGAUAUGAUAAAGAUUAUAGCUCUCCGUGCAAGCGUGGAAGACCUAGUUAUAGAUGACGAAAGUUUGGCUUACCUUGGGGACAUUGGGCAGCGAGCAUCCUUAAGGCAUGCAGUUCAGCUGUUAUCGCCUGCCAGUAUCAUGGCAAAAAUGAAUGGCAGAGACAAAAUCUGCAAGGGGGAUAUUGAGGAAGUGAGUGCAUUAUAUCUGGAUGCAAAGUCUUCAGCAAGGCUUCUUCAGGAGCAGCAGGAGAAAUAUAUUUCAUGAUAAUUAUAAACAAUUUCCCUGGAUGUCAAAGUAGUCUGAAUCUUGAAGUUAUGCUGGAUCAACUUUCUCUGUCAUCGAUUUUGCAUGAGCAGGAAGGAAGGUUUGGUCAAAGAAUAUGGCUUUACUUGGCUGAUAGCUAGUAUUUGUUUCUCAAGCGUUUGGAGCUUGGGGAAAUUUGUAAUUUUCACCUGCACGGUAAUUUUUGCUGCUCCUGGUGAAUUUGAAUUGCGAAUGUGAGUUAGGAUAUCAUAGUCAGCCAGGAUGUCAGCACGGAUGCAAGAAACUGGUGAAAUUUUAGUUUGCACUCUUCCUUUAAUGAAUGGAUAUAUUUACGGAAGUUUGCUUUUAGAUCCUCUGAUAUCUAUCCCAGACAAGAAUCCAUAAUUUAUUUUAUGGUCAAGAUUUAAAGUUUGUGUA